GCGGAACUGACGUCACGUGGUGGUGACGUGCAUGCGUGAGGAGGUUCAGCCGAUCGGUUUGGACCAUAUCAGCAUGGCAGAAAUGUCUGCUCAAGAUUUACAACUCCGUGCUAACCAGGUGACAGAUGAGUCCCUGGAGAGCACCCGGAGGAUGCUACAGUUGGCAGAGGAGAGCAGGGAUGCUGGUGGUAAGACCCUAAUCAUGCUGGACGAACAGGGAGAACAACUGAAGCGCAUUGACGAGGGGUUGGAUCAGAUCAACCAGGACAUGAAGGAAGCAGAGAAAAACCUGACUGACCUCAGCAAGUGUUGUGGCCUGUGUGUGUGUCCCUGCAGCAGGGUGAGAAAUUUCGAGAUGGGGGACAGGUACAAGAAAGCCUGGGCCAGCGAUUCUGAUGGAAACACAGGCAAAGUGGUCUCCAAUCAGCCAAGCAAGUCACAGAACAGCCAUGAGAUGGCCAAGCAGAGUGGUGGAGGAGAAGCCUACAUCAACAGGAUAACCAACGAUUCACGAGAAGACGAGAUGGAAGACAACCUGCAACAAGUGGGCAGUAUCAUUGGAAACUUGAAAAAUAUGGCCAUUGACAUGGGCAACGAGAUAGAAUCUCAGAACAAGAAGAUCGACAACAUUGCCGAGAAGGCUGAAGUUAACAAGGCUCGGAUUGAUGAAGCCAACCAGAGAGCAAACAAACUCAUCAAAAAGUAAUGUGGAGCCCAUGAAACUUGCCUCUGAAUUUACAGCUUCACCUUAGAGUCUUAUUUCUGUGUGAGUCACUGCGCUGCCUUGUUGCGAUUUCUCCUACCAACCUAUUUCCUUGAAUUAGUUUAAGAUGUACUGAGUGGCUCACAGCAUUGUUGACCCAUGCACAAGCUCCCCUGUCAAAAUCCAACCACCCUCAGUGACCUGUAUAGACAAGUGACUGAUUUCUCAAAUGUUCCUGUACAGAACCUCUGAUGUAAAGGUGUUGGAGAACUGACUGAAAAGGGAACCUUGAGCAAGAUACUAAUUCACAUCUCCAACACUGGGGCAUAUUUCUGACCAACUCCCCACUUGUCGCUCUCUACUCUGGCCACCUUUACUCUUGUUGCUUACUUUCUCCAUCCCAUGCCUGCAGGUCUCCCUGUCUCUUCCCACAAAUGCCACCAUUUGUUUUCAAUAUAAGCUGCUGUAGACACCUGCCUUCCAGUCUGAGAAGAGAAUGUGGAGCAGGAGAAAGAGUUGGAUAUUGUUUAAUUAGAACAGUGUUCUAGAGACUCCAACUAAAGUAAUGGUGCCCUGUAAUUCAGAUACCUCCUGCUCCCAAGGAUGGAUCAUUGCUUGUACACCAUUUCUGCCUUCAUAAUUCUGUGUCCUUGCUUGGUUUGUCUUUAAUGAGGGACUUCUCUACAGUACAAAACUCAUUCAAGUCUUGCCCCUAGCAAUUAAAGGAUAGUCUAGGCUCCAAUGUUUUGCCAUGUGACUGUGUACUGACCUGAAUUUAAAUUGGUUGUGUCAUACCCUACACAACAUUCCCCCCCCCCCGUUGUGAGUUACAGUCACUGGCUGUAUGGUAGAGUUAAUGCAGCAAGUCACCUUUAGUUGUGCUGUUAGUUGGGUGAAGCUGGCUUUCCCCUUAGGCAAGAUUCUCUACAAGGCUUGUCUUCAUCAGGGACAUUUCAUGAAGCCUCGCUUGGCUUCAUUACUUAUCAGUGAAGUGUGUACAUAAAGUAAAAUAUACAGUAUAUUGCACAUUUAAUCAUUUCUCUCCAACUGUGAGUGCAUUGGGAAAUAAUGUUUAAUAAUGUGAAAUGUGAUCACAAACUUAUUGAGCUCCUUUCACCUUCAAAUGUCUCAAUUCUUUUUCUAAAAUAAAGAUGUAUAUUCUCCCAUGAA